CGGCAACGACAUUCUAACUGAAUCAAUUGAACAGCACAAAUUGUCUUUUCAGCCCAACAUUUUAUUGAAACCCCAGAGAGUCUUUUUUUUAUCUUUUAAUCAGUGAUUGUUUUUGCGUGUUAUGUAUUUGGAUUAAUUAAAUGAAACAGCUAUACCAAUAAGAGGAAGAUAAACUUAAAUUGCUGUAGUGCACAAUUUUCUUAUUGUGUGGAGAAAAAAGUCGUUUGAGAAUAAAUUUCAAACAAUAUGGAUAGUGACAGUGAUGAAAAUUCACGAUCACAAAGUGAUUUAUCUCGAUUUUCAAUGAAUUCAUCGAAUGCAUCGAACCAUCGUAGUAAUCUAAGCGAUCAGAUAUCAAAGUUGGCGCAGUCAUUGGAUGAAUCAGUGAUUUUAACGAAACGAAGAAAGAAUGUGAAAAAACGAAUUUUGGAAUCGGAUUCUGAAUCAGAAAACCAAAAUGAGUCUGGCUCUGAGUCCGAUAAAAGCGAUCAAAAGGAUUCGGGAUCGGAUGAUAAUGAUCAGAAUGAGUCUGGCUCCGUUGAAUCUGAUGUUGACAAUCAGAAUGAUUCUCGCUCCGUUGAAUCGGAAAGUGACGAUCAGAGUGAGUCUGACGCCGCCGAAUUAGAAGCAGAUGACGAUACGAAAGACGAUCAGCAAUUUGCUUACCAAGUCGAAUCGGAUGUGACGGAAGACGAUGAGGCCGAUGAAGAUAAGAGUGACUCGAGUUUACAACAAUCGACAACGCAUGAUUCAUCGGUCGUUAUACCCGAGACAGAUGACGACGAAGAUUUAGAAGAGGCUGAAAAAGAAGCGUCAAUGCUUGUCUAUUCGCCACGAACACGGCGCACAAUAACAGGUCGUCGCUCAACAUUCCACAAACCAGUGGAAAGUGAUGAAGAUGAAAUUUUCUCCGAAGAAAAGAGUGUAUCGCACAGCGAUUAUAAAUCAGCCGAAGCAUCAAAGGAAUUAGAAUCGUCCACCGAUUUUGAUAAUAAUCAUUCUGAAAAUAUCAAGCGUAAUCGUAGCAUCGCACCUGUUCUAGAUAUAUCAGCGAUUUACACACCAAAAGCAAAGCGAUUCAGUAUGAAUAGAGCGAAUAGUGGAUCGAUAUCACCAAAAACCAGUACACCGUCACGUUCGUCUACGCCAGACAUUGAUUUUUCUGAUAAAUCGAGUGCAAGCGAAGCGCAUAGCUAUCACAUUCAAAGUGAUCAAUCUGAAUCAAAAUCGAAAUUGAGCAGUUCAUCGGUGGUAAUUCUUAAUUCGGAUGACAGCGAUGAAGAGAAUCGCAAGCCAAAUCAUACGAUCGACUUUAAAGGUGUUAAUGCAUCAACGCCAGGUCCAUCGUCCAAACUAAUACAACCAAAAUUGAAUUUUGACCGAAAACCAAACAAAUUGAUCAAAACAUUUGUAUCACGUGCAUACUACAAUAAAAAAGUUGAUGAAUUGGCGAUGACAAGGAAAGAGUGCAAGGAUAACGAGGAUUUAUUCAAAACUAUCGGAUCCACAUUGCCCGAUAAAGGUCGAAAUUUGAAAGUACGCGUCGAAAGUUUACAACGAGAGUUACGAAAGAAAGAAAUUGAACUGGAAACGUACGCUAUCGAAGAGGAUCAUUUGGAUGAUGUGAUGAUUGUUGAGCAGCCAACAAAUAACAAACAAUCGAAUAAUGUGGGACGCGAUUGGCGAUCGGAAUUGGAAACAAUUCAACCACAAUGGACGGGAGAAAAAGGCUUGUCAACAUUUAACACACAGAAACAGUUGACAUUGAAUCGAAUCGAAAAAUUGCACAAAGCGAUGGAAAAAUGCCCAACCGAAAAUGAUUUUGCCCGCCAACCAGAUUAUCUCAAUGUUCAACUCAUGCCACAUCAAUUGAAUGCGAUCAAAUGGAUGCGCUGGCGAGAAGUACAAAAACCUAAGGGUGGCAUUCUGGCCGAUGAUAUGGGAUUGGGAAAGACAUUAACCGUGAUUGGGUUGGUCUUGGACGAUAAGUACGGAAAGGAGCUGUCACAAGUCGAAGAAGACGAGGAGGACGAUGAUGAAGACGGUGGGAAAGAUGAAAGCGAUGAUGAAAAUCAACGGGGUUACAAGAAAACCUACAAGAAUGAAGGUGGCUCAUUGAUUGUUUGUCCGGCCAGUUUAAUAAAUCAAUGGGAAAAAGAAAUCGAGAAUCGUGUGAAACGGCGUAAGUUAAGCGUUCUCAUGCAUCAUGGUAACAAGCGCAAGGACAGCGCUCAUUCCAUUUGCAAGUACGAUUUGGUGAUAACUACAUACGGGGUUAUAAGUAGUGAGCACAAAAAUAAUAGUGCAUUAUUUCGUAUACGCUGGAAGCGUGUUGUCUUGGAUGAAGCACACAUGAUAAGAAACCACACAACAGCCGUGGCCAAGGGAUGCUGUGAUCUCCGAAGCGCCAUACGUUGGGGCUUAACUGGUACGCCAAUUCAAAACAAGCACAUGGAUGUCUAUUCGAUGUUCAAAUUUCUACGGGUCACACCAUUCGAUGACUUGGCAACAUAUAAGAAAUGGAUCGAUCCAAAAACGCAGGCUGGAAUGAGUCGAUUGCAUAAUAUACUGAAGCCAUUGCUAUUGCGACGCACCAAAGCUGAACUGCAAUUGAAGGGUGAAUUACAAGCAUUACCAACGAAAGAAAUUUUAAUCGAAGACAUUGAAUUGACACCAGCAGAAGCAAAUAUCUAUACAAAGAUUCUGGCCUAUUCACAAACGCUAUUCGCUCAGUAUAUGGAACAACAUCAACAGCGAAUGGGUGAAGGUGGAAAGGUUCAAUUACCCAGCGAUAUACAAAAAAGACUCGAACAAGUACGACGUUUUGGCCAAGGUCAAGAUGUAAAAUCAUCACAAAUUUUGGUUCUGUUGUUGCGAUUACGACAAAUUUGUGACCAUCCGGGUCUUAUCAAUCAGAUGUUAAUGGAUGAAUGUGACCUAGAGAAUUGCGAUGAAGAGGAUUUCGGUUCGAUUGAAAUGAAUAUGGUCAAGCAAAUGAUUGGCUUGAAAAUAAGCGACCACGAUGAACAAGCCAAUGCUUCCGACGAAGAAGAAGCUAAAGGAGCCCGAGUUCUGCUCAACACAAACCAGAUUUUCGACUUUAAACACCCGAGCACAAAGUGCAAACGAACAAUUGAGAUCGUUAAACGUAUUUUGAAUGGAACCAAUGAUAAAAUUGUGAUUGUAUCACAAUGGACAACAUUUUUGAAUGUCGUUUCUGAUUUUUUGAAUCGUGAACGCGUGCAUUAUGUCGAGCUGACGGGCAAAACACCAAUCAAAGAUCGAAAUGACAUUAUUGUAAGUUUCAAUAAGCCAAACACACCUGAACGUGUGUUAAUGUUAUCGUUGGUAGCCGGAGGUGUUGGUUUGAAUUUAACUGGCGCCAAUCAUCUGAUCUUAUUGGACCCACACUGGAAUCCACAAUUGGAAUCGCAGGCCUUCGAUCGUGUCUAUCGCGUCGGACAGACAAAAGAUGUCAAAAUUUACAAACUGCUGUGUGUAAAAACGAUCGAAAAGCAUAUUCAAAAUAUCCAGGAUAGAAAGCUUGAACUAUCAGAUAAUGUGCUGACGGGAAGCAAGAUCAGUUCAUCAAAGCUCUCAAUACAAGAUAUGCGUCAAUUGUUCGAUAUGUGAUAAUGAAGGAGAGUCAAUUACCAUUUCAUUUUAAAAAAAGCAUGAAAAUUUCAACAGCAACAAGAACAUUUCAUGCAUUUUCAACAAUUCGGAUAAAUUACGAAAUGAAAUGUGCCAAAAAAAUAUAUUGAUGUGUGCAGUUUCGGAACGUUGUGAGAUUAAAUGGGUCUUUUUUCGUAAUAAAAAUAUUUUUCAAAAAA